AUGAAACUAGAAAAUAUGGAAAAGAAUAAUUUUGGGGAUAAAGCUUUGGCGGCUGAAACUUUCUUGGUUAAAAUUCCCGGCAGUAAAGCCCUGGCAAAAGUUUCAUGUCGUUGGAGGCUUUCCACGCCAACGACGGGUGCGGAUGCGGAUGCGCCUCAAUAUUUUCAGUCACUUGAUCUGCUGAUGGAAAUCGUUCCUAUCUCGUGUAUCAAUGAGCCAUGUGAGGACAGGAAAAACGGAGGCCUUAUUCCAUAUGCCACUGGCACCACCCUUGAGACACUUGUCCGUGCGUGCUGCACGAUUCAAGCGUCAGUCAAUCAAGUCAAAGCGGCAGCAAAGGUGAUACUUGUUCCCCGCAACGGGUACCUAUGUAGGAGUGAUAUUCUCGAACUGAGAAUGCGGCAUUCUCAAUUUGUCGGCUCAGUCAUUCGGUUCCCAGGUUCCAAUGGGUAUUUUUCGCCGAUCACAGACCAAGCUGAAGGGAAUCUUCUUGUUCUAUUGUCUUCUUCUCCUGGAGCUUUGAUUGUGAAGCCGUCUCCAGCAUCAGAUUACGAAACACUAGAUUUGAUCGAGGGAGAGCUGAGAGUUCGCCUGUCUUUCGAUUGGGUGCUUCCUACUGAACCGGCAGUACGCAAAUUAGCCUUGGUAGGAGGGCGCCCUCAGUUCAACGAGAAGAACAAAUCGUUUGGUCACGAAGGAACAUUUGAAGCAGCCCUGGGCCUGGGUAUAUCGAUAACUGUCGUCGAUCGACCGGGGCAUUGGCUCGAAGGGAAAAAGUAUUCUUAUCUAAGAGAUGACUUUAUACCUGUUGAUGUGAUUAACGAUGCAAAUCUACCGUCAAGGAUUGCUGAAGUAUUGAAAGAAAGGAAGAUUGAUGGAAUUGUUACGUUUUCAGAUGAAUUCGUGAUCGCGACUGCGAAAGCUGCGGGAAUAUUGGGUCUUCGAACCGAGCCUAUACAAGCAAUCGUGCAUGCCCACCACAAGUAUGAGAUGCGCAAAUUACUGGACUCCAAUACCCAAACGCUGCGACUGGAUAAUGCGGCGCAACUGGAUGACCCUUCCGUGGCCCAAAGGGUUAGAGAUAUGCAAUUUCCUUUAGUUGUUAAACCGUGUCGGGAUGGCGCCUCCCGCGGCGUCAAGAAAGUUGGCAACUAUUCGAGUAUGUGCCAGGCAGUACAGCAGCUAGAAGAAUGCGGCUUUUCGAAGUACGGGAUUCUCCUCGAGACGUAUAUUAAUGGCCCAGAGGUAGAUGCCAACUUUGUUCUUUGGGAUGGGGAGGUCCUUUCUUCGAAAUAUCAGAUGAUUUCCCAUGCCAGGCGGAUGCAAAUGAUGCGACAAUUGCAGAUAAUUUCGCUGAAACUAUGA